AUGUAUUGUCUAGUAUUUUUAUCUGUAGCUGUAAUUUUAGUUCAGAAUACGCUAGGACAAACACUCGGAUUAGGCAAUGGACUUGCACAAAAUAGACUAGGAAAUGGCGUUGGACCUAAUGGUCUACUGGGUAACAGAAUAGCUGGAAACCUUGGACCCAAUGGGUUAACUGGUAACUUUGGUGCCAACAGAUUAUUAGGAAACAAUUUGGCGGCAGGCAACUGUGCUGGCAACAACAUUGCUGCUAAUAAUUUUGCGGCCAACAACAUAGCAAAUAACGCAAAUUUGGCCGCCAACAACUUGGCCAAUGCUAACUUGGCUGCUGGAAAUUUUGCUGGCUCUAACUUGGCCAACUAUCAACUCAACAACAAUAUGGGUGUAAGCAACUUGGCGCCAAACAACGGCUUGGCGGGAAUGCCAACUGGCAAUGUAGGUUAUGGUGACGUGGCAGUUGUUGGGGAGUUGCCAGUAGGUGGCAACACUGCUGUGACUGGCAAUGUACCAGUUAUCGGGUACGUCACGUUUGAGGGUAUUUUGCCAGCGGGAGGUCUAGUCAGUGUUGCCAGUAACUGUGGAUGUAAUCAGUCGCCAUAUUGAUUUUAAAUUUUUAGUUGUUGUUGGACGUCAAGUCUAUUGUAAAUUUGUUGAUAUGUACUGCAUUUAUUUAUGGUUUUAAUAAAUGUUUUUAAUUUAUGAA